UGUGUGCGUCCAUCUGGGAUCCUACCCUUCAAACUGCUGUCGCCCAGCUCCCUCCCGGCAGAAAGACCGGGGGACAAGAGGAGGCAGAGAGUGUGAAGGAAAGCCUCACAGGGGCGAGAAGGAAGCCGUCCAAAGCCAGCUGGUCUGGCUUUGAGGAAAGCAGAAGAAAGCGAAACACGGGGGGGGACGACAAAGAACGAGAGAGACAGAUAAAGAGAGAGAAAGAAAGCGAAUGAAAGAAGAAAGAGAGAAGUGCUAAGGUUAAAGGAAGUGUCCUUGUGGGAAAGGGAAGAAGUGGCCCAGCUGAUAGAAGAAGAAGAAGACGAGUGAGGCACGUGGACGAGGCCUUCACAGCAGGUUCUGUGAAGGCGGGAAUUGGCAUCAGCAGCUCAGUUGAUGCAGGAACAUUUCUUUCCCAAGGAGGAGCAAGCAGCAGGAAGCUCAGAGUGAAGCACUGAGAAAGGAAGGAAGAGCGAGAGCCCGAGUUGAGCUGGAUAUUGUGGGCCGGAACGAAGGCUUAUCAGCGAUUUGAUCACUGGGUAGUGGUGCGGACACGUCAAGAGAAAGGCAGAGAGAGAGAGAAAAAGUGAGAGCACAGGAGAACAAGUGAGAGAGAUAGAGAGAGUGAGAGAGGAAGACGAGAGAAGAGGAAGGUGGUGUACAAUGUGCUAGUGGAGCGGAGGAGGACAAGCGCAGGUGUUUUUCUGAUAUUCUCGGGGUGUCAGAGAGACCGAAGAGGACGUCAAGAUGGGACGGAAGAAGAUCCAGAUCACACGGAUUAUGGACGAAAGGAACCGGCAGGUCACCUUUACAAAGAGGAAGUUCGGCUUGAUGAAAAAGGCCUAUGAGCUGAGCGUCCUGUGCGACUGCGAGAUCGCUCUGAUCAUAUUCAACAGCUCCAACAAGCUCUUUCAGUAUGCCAGCACCGACAUGGACAAAGUCCUGCUCAAAUACACAGAGUACAACGAGCCGCACGAGAGCAGGACCAACUCCGACAUCGUGGAGAAAUUAAGAACCAAAGGCCAUAGUGACUGUGCCAGUCCCGAUCCGGACGACUGUUUUGGCCACAGUCCCCUCAUGGAUGACCGUUUCAGCAAACUAAACGAAGAGAGUGAUUUAAUAUACAAGCGCUCUGCUGCGCUAAACAAGAAAGAACACAGAGGCUGUGAUAGCCCGGACCCCGAUGCCUCAUAUGUCCUCACCCCCCACACAGAAGAGAAAUAUAAAAAAAUUAAUGAGGAGUUUGAUAAUAUGAUGCGAAAUCAUAAAAUCCCCACAGCCUUGCCCCAGCAGAAUUUCUCCAUGCAUGUGGCGGUGCCGGUGACGAACCCCAACGCCAUGUCCUACAACCCGGGAGGCUCUCUGAGCGGUCAGGGUCUGUCAGCUGCCGCCGCCUCUCUGACUGACGGCUCCAUGCUGUCCCCUCCCCAGGGCUCCCUCCACAGAAACGUGCUGUCCACUGGUGGCCCCCACAGGCCGCCCAGCACAGGCAGUGCAGGAAAUGGCUUUGUCAACCCCAGGGGCUCGCCGGGGCUUCUGGGAACUCCAAGCGGGAACGGACUGGGGAAGGUCAUGCCCACGAAAUCUCCACCGCCGCCAGGGGGCAACAUGGGCAUCGGCGGCCGCAAGCCAGACCUGAGAGUGGUCAUACCCCCGUCCAGUAAAAGCAUGAUGCCUCCACUGUCGGAGGAGGAGGAGAUGGAGUUGAAUACCCAGAGGAUAAGCAGCUCCCAGUCCACCCAGCCUCUGGCCACCCCGGUGGUGUCUGUCACCACCCCGAGUCUACCACCACAAGGCCUGGUGUACUCAGGCAUGCCUACUGCCUACAACACUGAAUAUUCCCUGAGCAGUGCUGAGAUCUCCUCUCUGCAAGGUUUCGGUUCUCCAGGGCUCUCGCUGGGCUCCAUGUCGGCAUGGCAACAGCAUCAACUGGGCCAGGCAGCUCUCAGCUCGCUGGUGGGUGGUGGUCACGUACCUCAGGGCUCCAACCUCUCCAUCAACACCAGCCAGAAUAUCAACAUCAAAUCGGAGCCCAUCUCACCUCCUCGUGAACGAGUCACCCCGUCCGGCUUCCCCCCUCAGCAGCAGCCUCAGCCCUCCGCCGGCCGGCCGGACAUGGGCCGCUCGCCCGUGGACAGCCUCAGCUCCUCCUGCUCCUCGUACGACGGCAGCGACCGCGAGGACCACCGGCCCGACUUCCACUCGCCACCGCUGGGUCUGGGACGGCCCCCUGCACCGGGAGCCGAUGAGCGCCAGAGCCCGUCUGUAAAGCGCAUGCGGAUGGACACCUGGGUCACAUAAAAAAAAAAAAAAAAAAAUGACCCGGGCGGCCCGAGCUUUGGUCUACCACCCGGCAAGCGGGCCACGCAGAGAGAGAGAGAGAAAGAGAGGCCACAGCAGGAAGGGUUCUUAAUGUUAUUAUUCUAUUAUUAUUAUUUAACUUUGUUUUUUUUUUUUUUUGUUUCGGAAGGAAGCUGAAGGAAAUUCAAAGAUGUCCUGACAUAUCGAAAUUAACGUGGUGCAACUAAGCAGGGAGAGAGAAAAUGGGCCGUUUACUCGGACAGGUUCAGGCGUUAUCAGGUACUUGAUGCAGUGCAGAUUUUUAGCGAGAGUUCAGUGUUUAAGUCAAAAGAAAAGAAAGCCGUGAAUUGAUACAUUUUAGGUUACUGUAGUCACUGGUCCGGUUUGGCACUUGUAGUAGCUGUUUUUUUGCUGUUGAAUUUGCAGGUUUUAAACAAUCGGAGCAAGUUUAAAGCCUUGCUUUCUGUCUGAAGGCUCUUGCCUGCUGGCCUCUUGACUUUAAAUCUUCUAUCUUUACACACCCCUUAGAAAGUUCAAGUCAUGUGUUAACUCGUUCAAGAAUUAAGAUUAAGAUUUUUGUUUUUUGGUUUACAAAGGGAAGUACAUGUCUAAAACGGGAUCACCUCUCUUCUAAAAAUGAGCAUAUUAGCUUUUAGCUACAUCAUAACAUAGGAACGGAACACCACCGACACAUCCAACAUGUCUUUUAAUUUGUGUUUGAUUUGUUUGUUUAGACACAAACCACAAACUGAUGUACAGUGUAGUGCUGAUACACUGAUUUUAUUUGUUGGUGUUUUUUAUUUUGAAGAAAGGAAAAUGAGUAAAACAUUAGCCCAGUUGAUCUGGAGACAGGAGUCCUCAAUUUAAUGCAGCUCAAACAAAUGGUAAAAUAAGCCAAAGCCUGUAUGUUAAUUCCUGUUUUGUUGUAGGUUUGGAAAUUCUCAUUUCUCUCACACUAUCCAUUUCAUUGUAGUUCUGUCAUAAUGUAUUUGUUAAGAACUAUGAAAAUAUAUAAAUAUAUAUAAAUAUACACAUGCAAAGCUGAUCUUGAAACAAUAUCUAAAGCCAUGAACACUUGCUGUUCUGUUUGUAAAUUAAAGAUUUGAGCCAAACUUUUUUUUUUUUUUUUUUUGUUAUGUAUAUAGCAACUUUAAUAUAUAUCACUUUCGGUGUAAGUACGUAUGUAUUGUAACUUCACCAGAUUGAAGAAAAAAAGUAUAUUUUUGUGGAUUACUGCCAGGUUUACAAGGCGAGAUCCUUACUAAGUAGAGUAUUCACUGGUUAAUAUUUACUAUUUUGUUAACUAUACUGUACUUUCUUCAGAUCUGACUUAUUACUGCUAAUAAUAAUCAAAGUGUUUUUUAUUUGAAGGUCAUUUUUUUCCUGUUCUUUACUUUCUUUGAUUUUGGGUCGUUUUCCCUUUAAUGAUGGUGAAUGUCUGUCCUCAAGAAAUUGUAACAACAGUGCUGUAAGUUUAAAACUUUUUUUUUUUUUUUGAUUUUGUACAAGGAAAAUUGUCACAUUAAGGAAAAGGAGGAAUGUUUUUUUUUCUUCCUCCUUUUCACUUUACCAAUCACACGGCUCACAGAAGGGGUCGGGCCAGCGGCCGCUGAACACACUGCCUAAAGAAAAUAAAAGCAAGGACCCAUUUCAAACUUUAUCCAUUUGAACCUCCAAUCAAAGACACAUAUCUGUUCUGAAUUGAUUUUCAGACUUUUUUUUUCCUCAUUUUUUGGAUUAACUGAUUGGAAUUACACUCUCACUCUCCUUUCAAUCAAAAAAGAGAAAACCCUCUUCUAAGGCACUUAAUGCUCCAUGUUAUUACCCACGUACUGUAAAUAUUAGCCCAUAACCUUGUCAAUCCUUAUACAUACUAUGUACAGAACACACUAUUUUCCCCUCCCAUUUUUUUUUGGUGAAUCGGCUCUGGGGGAGGGGGUUGGGUGCGGGGUGGUGAUAUCCGAUUCUCCGAGGCAUCAAAUCGCUCUGUUAGUGCUGGAUAUACCAUGACGGGGAUGUAUGUGCGUUUUUGUGUGCGUUCUGCAUCUCCACGCUGAUGCUCUUCUCGUCUACGCUUUUUUUUUUCGUACGCAGCAACAGCAGCAGCAGAAGCAGCUGCGACCAGCACACGCGCGCUCACACACCUCACUGCCCAACUCCAGGCAAAUUCUGGGGGCGUGGCAGAGUGUCAGGGGGAAUUCAGCAGCAAAAAGACAAACGCUCGACCGCUAGACAAUGCAAACCCAUCUCUCUGCUGGAUUGUACACGUUCGUAUGUUCGGGUUCGCCUUUCGGGGGGAUAAAAAAAAAAAAAAAAAAAAAAAACCUUAAAAA